AUGUGCAAUAAAGAAAAUUCGAUAUCAUCUGAAUCUGAAUAUUCUAAGGACAAGUUAGCUGAAAAUGAUUUUACUUCGGUUGACAACAAUUAUACGACUUCUGAAAAUCCACCACUCCGAUCGACCAUUUCGUUUUCUUCUUCAUCAUCAAAAAUUACUGCAACACCAAUGAACCAUCGGCAUAAAGUUGUAUCUAAUAUCAAUCAACAGUUAGAAGUUGAAAACAAGGCUUCACAAUCAGCAGAUCGUGCUAUGAAUAGUUGCUUAUCUUCUCGAACGAGUACAAUGAAAAAAUUACCACUUCAACAAACACAAAAUUCAACAAAUACUGGUGCAAUCCGAGAUUUUGAUCGAAUUGAACAAAAUACUAAUACACAAGUCUCGUUGAACUCAUUGUCAAGAGAAAAAAAUCGUAUUAUGAAUAGACAAAGUUUUACACAAGCUCCAGCUCAAAAUACGUUAUCCAAAGGUAAUCCAUGGACUUCAUUAGUUGAUGCAAAUGCAACAACAAUGUCUAAACUGUCUGGAAGUUCAAUAAUCGAAAGUACUCUUGAGUACAGAGAAUUAAAAAGGUUAUAUUUACAUGAGAAAAAACAAGCUGAAGAAUGGAAAAAAGAUUAUAUGAUUUUGAAACGACAAUUACAAGAACUUAGAUCAAGUACUUUACCACGGCCAACUGCUGAAGUCUUAGAGUGGCUGAGGGAGCUAUUCGAUUUAUUGAAUAGUAAUGCUGCAUUUCGAGGUGAUGGAAAAAGUUUGUCUAGUGUUGGUGAAGAAUUAGGCAUCGAUGAAACGGCUCGUAUUACAGUUGCGGCACGGACACCACAAAAGUCUGCACUCAAAAUUUUUCGUCUAUUAUAUCCAACAAUUAGUCUUCGAGCAAAUUGUAUUUCAAUCUUAAAAUUACCAGAGGAACAAUUACAAAACAUUUACCUUUAUGUUCGGCUUCUGCAUCCAAAUUUGACUUUUAAGAUGAUAGAUAUGCGACGUGCAAUUGGAAAUUCGAUUCGGUCCGCAACACACGAAAUGCGCAAGCUGGAAUAUCAACGGCAAGAACAGUUGAAUCAAUUACAAAACGAUGAAGAUUUAGAUCCUGAUGAGAGAAAUGAAAGAAUGCAAGAUGUUAUCGAUACUAUGGAUAUGGCAUUGAACGCAAAUGAUGCAACUUUAUAUGAUUGUGAUCCCGAUGGUGAUGAAAAUGGAGAAGACGAUGACGAUAUCGAACAUCUUACCAUGACCGAAGAACUUGAUGAAGACGACGAUGAACUUUAA